AUGGUGGGUAGAGUGGUGCCUUACAGGCUCUCAACUGGAGUUAAGGUCUUUGUUGUUGGAAGAACUUGUUUUGGCGUUAUUGGUACUGGAAGGAGGACAGUCAAAGUUGUACAACAGUGUAAAUUAUGAUAUGGUCCACAAAAUACUAGAUGUAGAUAGAUUAUACGUCGGCAUCGUGAACAACUCCGUUGUGCUGAAAGAAUCAAUUUCACAACCCCACCUCCAACGGGAGCACCCCCGGACGCGGCGGACGACCUCAGCCCUAUGGCCGUCCCGGAAGGCGUCUUUCUGGUGGAGGACGCGGUGGUCAGCAUCUUUCCCUUCCUGCCGGCAUUAGCGGUGCUCAGGAGUCCGGUUCUUCUGGAGAAAAGAAACCGAAAACUAUCAAAACGAUCUACGAAUUACUUAGAACGUCACGAUGCCUAGAUUUUGCGAAACAGGCGAUAGUUAUGGGUUUCCGUAUUACAUCCUCUACUAGCAUCCCUGACUUCUUUCCCACGAAGAAAGAAGUCGGGGAUGUUCUGAAGAAUGCAAUGGCGGAACCUCUAAGUUAGCGCGAGGCCUGUGGGAACUCGACACUUUUGAUGUGUCGCCACGCAAUAACCUCAGUUCAAAUUCGCAUUUGUACCAGGAAUUGUGCCAGGAAUCGGCUGUAACGGUCAUUUUCGGAAGCAAUCGAAGAACAACAUUAGACGCCUUGCUCUUUCUUGGGUAUAUGUUAGGGCUUUGAAGGAAAAACUGAUUCAUCACUGGAAAGGAAUUUUGUUUGCUGGGAACACCUUAUAAAUAUACCUAUAGGUGGCAAGAACGUAUAAUUGACGAUAAGGGAUAUAAUUUCGAGGGUGCUCGAAGACGUGCAAGAUCCAUAACCCAUAAUCGGUCCUGCAUAAACACUCUGCCCUCUAAGCAUAGGUUGCCUUACGCACGAUGUUUGUCGCGAAGUCUAUCAGCAAGCGAUUACGCAAAUCGAGCAGGAAGGUGCCCUUCUGAAAAUGCAGGAAUUGAGCACACUGGGUCGGGUCUUGGGUUUUUUGUUGAUUAAGGCUCCUUAAGCGCUAGAAAUGAUGUUGAAAAAUGGAACUGAUUUUGGAGAGAUCGUUUAUGCUUUGAUACAUAACUAGUCCUAGAGAGAUUGUUCAUGCUUAGAAGAUAGAUAGUGAUGUGCUUCUUAGAUGCACAGCUGCCUCUUGGUAAACUUCUGAAAAGCACACUUUAGUUCCUGGUUAGUUUGCUUCUAAGGUUUAAAAAGACGACUUAAAACUGCGGAUGGAGAAGAGCGAGACCACGUGGAAGUGGAGCAGCCGUCUCAAGGGCUUCGAUCUGCCCUUCGACUUAAUUGCUGAUGGUCAAGAUCAACGUUUGACUGCGGAACUGCUUCCGCAAAUCGUGAAAAAGAGUAAUUUUUCCCUACCGACAGUACUGGAAUUCGCGCAGGACUUCGGACUUCGAAUUAAGGCUCAGACCAUAAUUUAGAAAGUCAUUUGUUGCUGUAGAGGAGGACAUUCUUUCUGUAUUUUUUCCGUCUUGAGAUGAUCUUCUUGAGAAAGUCAUGAAUCCUGAGUAAGGGAAUGAACGGUUUUAUGCUCUAACCAAGAAGAAGAAGUAUUGGCCUUGUGGGUCCAAUUGAUGCUUCUGACGCCUUUGGCGCCACCAAAAAACCGCUGUUGGACAGUGCAGGUGUCAAGCGAGGGACAAGAGGUGUACAGGCAAGUAUUCGAUCAAAGCUACCAACAAAGGAUUCCACCGCAUUUGGCUUUCUUGGACGACGCGCCUGCGGUUUUGCAGCAC